AUGUAAUGCAUUCGAGACCAUUCUGCAAAAUUGAUAUAUGUGAAGGCAUCAUUUCACCUAUUUCUUGCCAAGACAAAUGGUGUCCUGCAUUACCAGUCCACAAUCAACACCCGCGCAGGGGCUAGCUUCUUCCGUUACAGUAGCGCGCUCCCUAUUCUCAUCUCGUGGGAUUGCUAGCUAGUGCAUCAGUGCUGAAGAGCGGGCAGGAGAGAGAUGGUGGGGGAUCCCCUGCCCAUGGUGAGCUCUACCACGGGAGCAAUGAACUCCCUCCUCGACAAGAUGACGGCACUGGAGGCUCAGCAUCCCAAGCUUGGGGAAAGCAAAAGCCUGCGGGAGGAUCUGAAGCGCCUAAACGAUGUCCUGCACAACUUUGCCUCGCGGCUGGUGAGGGACGCCCUCAUCAACGAGUGGAUGCUGCAAGCCCGGGAGGUGAUCUACGACAUGGAAGAUUGGAUCGACGGCUGCCUCACCCGUCCUUGGGAGCCGGCAACGGACAUUUGGUGCUCCGAUAUAGCCGAACAAGUCGAAGAAUUCAAGGACCAGAUCGAAGACGCACACGAUCGCUGCAGACGGUUCGCUCUUCUCAACAGAGAGUCCACUUCUGACGCUGGUCUUGCAGAUGCUGCACCCAGCAAAGUCAUCAUCGAUGCUGAACUGCUCUAUGGGGAGGCGCCUUGCCUUGUCCCCGUCGGCAAGCCGAGGGAUAUGCUUGUCAUGCACUUAACGGACAAAGAACAGCAUCGUAAGGUGGUCUCCAUCGUCGGGACUGGAGGCAUCGGCAAGACAGCUCUUGCCACGGAAAUAUAUCGACAGCUGCAAGGGCAGUUCCACUCCGGAGCUUUCGUCUAUCUUGGCCGGAACCCAUGUAUAAAGACGACUCUAAUCAGUAUACUCAAUCAAGUAGAGCCGAACUGGCGCUACAACAUGGAUUCACGGGACGACAACAAGUAUUGCAUACCAUGGGACGAGCAGAAGGUCAUCGCUAAACUCUGGGCAAUCUUAAAAACAAGGAGUUAUUUUGUUGUGCUCGAUGACGUGCGGAGCAGAUGGACUUGGAAGAGAAUCAGUUGUGCUUUGCCCAAAAAUGAUCAGGCUCCUGAUCGGAUAUUGAUAACAACUUGCAUCAAGGAUGUAGCGCAAUCAUGCUGCAUACAUCCCAGUGAUGUUGUUCUUCACAUGACGGGUCUUGGCGAGAAGGACUCCAAAACAUUAUUUGAUAGUAAAAUACUUGUUUCAGAAAAACAUUCGCGGCUUGAAGUUUCUGAUGAAAUGUUGAAAAUGUGUGAUGGCAUACCAUUGGCCAUAACUGUUGCAGCCGGAUUAUUAUCCAGGAAGUCUGAAUGUUUGCUACUGAAGUCACAGAUGCUUGACCAAUAUCAUUCCACACCACAAGGGAUGAGAAAGAUACUGGAGAUCAGUUAUGUUGAUCUACCUCUGCCCGUGAAGUCUUGCUUUCUGUAUUUGAGUGCUUUUCCUGAAAAUAAUACCAUCAAGAAAGACCGUUUGAUGCGGAGAUGGAUAGCUGAAGGAUUUAUUCCUAAAAGAGAUGAAGAAAGCUUGUGGGAAACAGGGGAGACCUACUUCAAUGAGCUUAUCGGUAGGAGACUAAUUCAACCGUCGUUUGAUGACGAGGAUGAUCGGCCGAUUGGUUGCACUGUUCAUGGUGUUGUUGUUGAUUUCAUGGUAUCCUUGUCAGCCGAAGAAAAUUUUAUUACAUCUGGAGCAGAGUUGAAGUCUGGACUGUUUCCAUGUAGCGGGGUUCGGCGAUUCUGCCUCGACUGCAGUGACGAAAACUCAACCAGUGACAAAGACGAAGCAUACAACUUGAGCAGGUUGCACCUAUCUAGAGUGCGAUCCCUUGCAUUUUCUGGGAAUGCUAGAAGGAUGCCUGAUCUUGGGGCCUUGAAACUUGUACGAGUGCUGGAUCUCGAAGAUACCAAGGGUCUGGAAAACAAACAUUUGGAAAGCAUUGGACGUUUAUCUCUGCUGAAGUACUUGGGACUUGGUGGGACCGAUGUUACCAAUCUGCCUCAACAAAUUAUGGCACUUGACAAACUGAGUACCUUAGAUUUAAGGCGAACUAGAAUGAGAAAAUUACCAGAAUUUAGAGACACAAAGCUGGUAUCUCUGGUUGCCGAUGAAUUGGUAAUAGGGACAGGAAUUGGGGGAAUGCAAAAAUUGGAGGAAUUAUCAAAAGUCCUUCUGGGUGAUGAUGGUUCACUUGCUGAUGAUGUGGUAGGACUGGUUAAGUUGACGCAGCUGAAGAUGCUUGGGGUAAGAUUCGGUCGUUUGAACGAUCAGAAUGAAACCGAUCGAGAGGGAGUGAAGCAAUUCCUCGAGGAGGUGGGAAAAUCAAACCUGCAGUCCCUUUUUCUUGAUAAUUACCUCCAUGGUCUGCUUGACUUACUGGUUCAUUCCUGGGCCAACAGAAGGCCCAAUUACCUGCGAAAAUUUGAGCUGAGAAUACGCGGCUUCCUCCCACUAGUUCCACAGGAGAUGGCCUCUCUGAUAGCCCUCACGCACUUGCAUAUCAGAGUUUCAGAAGUAGAAGCACAAGGCAUCCGUGUCCUCGGGAACUUGCCUAGCCUAGUCCUCCUAAAACUAUAUUCAGAUACCAGCCCAAGGUUGACCGUGAGUAGCAAGGAUGGCUUUCAGUGCCUCAAGGUGUUUUGGUACGACUGUCAGUAUGGUGGUGGGAUAAUGGGGCUGCAGUUUGAAGCAGGAGCCAUGCCGCAGCUCCGAAGGCUUCGCCUAGAUUUCAACGUCCGGGAAACAAUGUCCAAGUUUGGCGAUCUCGAUUUUGGUCUGAAGCACCUCUCUUGUCUCGUACAGGUCCAUGCCACCAUCGACUGUAAGGAUACUUUAACAGCUUCCGAGGUGGAGGCCGCGGAGACCCACAUCAGAACCCAAGUAUCUCAGAACCGCAACAGUCCGGUAUUGCACUUGAACAGAAGAGGGCAGCGCUCCAGUGUGAAGGCAGCGGAGGAGUCGGUGAUCGCGAUCCACAGCCUGGACGAGUGGGACAACCAGAUCGACCCCAACAAGCUGGUUGUGAUUCACUUCACCGCUAGGUGGUGCGGACCAUCCCACGGGAUGGCUCCAGUUUUUGCCGAUCUCGCCAGUAAGAACCCAAAUGUCAUUUUCCUGAAGGUUGAUGUUGAUGAAAUGAAGACUAUUGCUGAGCAAUUCCAUGUUGAUAAAAUGCCAACCUUCCUGUUCAUGACGGGGGGAGAUUGCAUAGACCAGGUUGUUGGCGCAAGGAAGGAAGAGCUGGAGGAGAAGCUUAAUCUGCACGUGGCCCUGAUGUUAUCGAGAAGACUAUGAUGGUACUUCAUAUGCAGUGUUAACUCCCGUCUUCUGCCACACGGUUGCUGGGAACUAAUUAAUGGCAUAAUGCCUUUGCUUUGUGCAAAACAAAAAAGGAUGAAGAGUAGGACUCUAAAAAGUGACACCUCCGGCCGCGCGCCCGGCUCAAGUCUCACGCCGUUUCAGAAACCUCUGGUUAUCGUAUUCGUAUCUCGCAGAACGGCCGCCUUUCAUCUCCGUUACAUUGUAUCGACUGUUUCUUUUACGCGUCACAAGUUUACAUGUUUAAUUUGCGCGUUGUUCUAUUGCCACAUGUGUCAUUGCUUCAACUAUUCUUAUCGAUUUGUGUCAGACUGCAGUAAUAAUAGUCCUAACAUUUGAAGC